AUGGGGGCUGCAUGGAUGCUGCAUGGGGGCUACAUGGGGCUGCAUGGGUGCUGCAUGGGGCUGCAUGGAUGCUGCAUGGGGGCUACAUGGGGCUGCAUGGGUGCUGCAUGGGGGCUACAUGGGGGCUGCAUGGGUGCUGCAUGGGGCUACAUGGGGGCUGCAUGGGGGCUGCAUGGGGGCUGCAUGGGGCUACAUGGGGGCUGCAUGGGUGCUGCAUGGGGCUGCAUGGGUGCUGCAUGGGGCUACAUGGGGGCUGCAUGGGUGCUGCAUGGGGGCUACAUGGGGGCUGCAUGGGUGCUGCAUGGGGCUACAUGGGGGCUGCAUGGGGCUACAUGGGGGCUGCAUGGGGGCUACAUGGGGGCUGCAUGGGUGCUGCAUGGGGCUACAUGGGGGCUGCAUGGGGGCUGCAUGGGUGCUGCAUGGGGGCUGCAUGGGGCUACAUGGGGGCUGCAUGGGGCUACAUGGGGGCUGCAUGGGUGCUGCAUGGGGGCUACAUGGGGGCUACAUGGGGGCUGCAUGGGGGCUGCAUGGGGCUACAUGGGGGCUGCAUGGGUGCUGCAUGGGGGCUGCAUGGGUGCUGCAUGGGGCUACAUGGGGGCUGCAUGGGGCUACAUGGGGGCUGCAUGGGUGCUACAUGGGGGCUGCAUGGGUGCUGCAUGGGGCUACAUGGGGGCUGCAUGGGUGCUGCAUGGGGGCUACAUGGGGCUGCAUGGGGGCUGCAUGGGUGCUGCAUGGGGCUACAUGGGGGCUGCAUGGGUGCUGCAUGGGGGCUACAUGGGGGCUGCAUGGGUGCUGCAUGGGGCUACAUGGGGGCUGCAUGGGGGCUGCAUGGGACUACAUGGGGGCUGCAUGGGGGCUACAUGGGGGCUGCAUGGGUGCUGCAUGGGGCUACAUGGGGGCUGCAUGGGGGCUGCAUGGGGGCUACAUGGGGGCUGCAUGGGGGCUACAUGGGGCUGCAUGGAUGCUGCAUGGGGCUACAUGGGGGCUGCAUGGGGGCUGCAUGGGGCUACAUGGGGCUGCAUGGAUGCUGCAUGGGGGCUAAUAUGCUGGACAUGA